AUGAGUCGAAUCAAGUUGGAAAGAUCUCCUUCAAUCUCUUCAUGUUUCCCAGAAAGGUUUUCUGGUCCGAGUAUCGAAAGUAGUCCUUCAACAUCUGGGAAAUUAUAUCCAACUUCUUAUUCGCAUCAACUCCCUCGGUCCUUGCCUUCUCUUCCAGAAACUGCAGUUGAUAAGCAUCUCGUAGAGGAAAAGCAGGUGUUGCCCAAGGUUCCUCCUAGUCCAGCAGCCCCAUCAGUUGCAUCCCGGCACUCACAACAGUCUGUGUCAAUUGACAUAAAUGAUCAUGAGAGUUCUGUUUCAGCACCGGCUACCGUUCAGUUUCACAAACACAAUGCACCUGGGUCUCUUCAGCGGCUGCAAUCGUUUUUCAAUGCAUUCCCCAAUUCAGCACCUGCAACUCUUUGCUCAGAGCGGACUGUGACAAUUGGCUUGACCAAGCAACAGUCUGUUUCGGCACCAGCUAGCUUUGAUCUUUAUAGCAAACCUGCACCUGCGCCUCUUCCAGCUCCUCCGCGGAUUGCACAUAGUCUCGUGAAAGAAAAAAGAAGUACCACUCGGCUUACCUUAUACGCACCUUUAUACCAAGCUGCAAUGAAGGGUGACUGGGAAAAGGCUGAUGAGUUCUUUAAAUCCCAUCCAGGUGCUGUAAAUGUUAGGAUCACUAAAGAAAUGGACACGGUUCUACAUAUCGCAGCAGGGGCCAAACACACCAAGUUUGUUGAGGAGGUGGUCAAGUUGAUGAACCCAACAGAUUUAGCUUGA